AUGCAUCUCCACGUGAUCUUCCCGCUCGCCAUAUCGAUGCUGCUGGUGCUAUCACCUGCAGCGGUGCGCCGGUGCGCAGCGCAGGAGAGGACCGGCGACGCGCCACCGUACAAGCCGCUAGUUUCUCCCCUCGCCAGGGACUCCGCCACCUCCCUCUACACCAUCUCCAUCCAGGACAGCGGCCCCCUCGUCGUGGACCUUGCCGGCCCGCUCGUCUGGUCAACGUGCACGUCCGACCACCCAACGUUCUCCUGCAGCUCCCGCGAGUGCGCCUCCGCCAACGGUGACGGUGUCACCCCGGCGGCGGCGCCGGCGCCGAGGCCGAGCUGCCGUAAGCGUCCGAACUGCGCCUGCACCGCGCACCCUUGCAACCCGGUCACCGGCCGCUGCGCGGCGGGGGACCUCACGAGCUCCCCGAUGUCCGCCAACACCACCGACGGGCGGAGCCUGCUGCCGCACCCGGUGUCGUUCUCCACCGUGGCCUCGUGCGCGCCGGAGAACCUUCUGCAGUCGCUGCCGGCGGGCGCCGUAGGCGUCGCGGGGCUGUCGCGUGCGCCGCUGUCCCUGCCGUCGCAGCUCGCGGCGCGGCGCGGGCUCGGAAGCAGGUUCGCGCUGUGCCUGCCCGGGGUGGCCGUGUUCGGCAACACCACCAUCUACCUCAUGGGCUUCCCCCUGGAGCUAACAGCCAUCAUCGGGCGCACGCCGCUCGUCAAGAACCCCAAGCGCAGCGGCGAUUACUACAUCCCCGUCGUAGCCAUCACCAUGGUUUGGACCAGCGGGGACACCCCGGCGGCCCUGCCGCCCCGCGCGCUCGAGCUCGACCCGGCCACUGGCCGCGGCGGCGUCACGCUGAGCACCGUGGCACAGUACACGGCCUUGCGCUCCGACGUGUACGGCCCGUUCCUCCAGGCGUUCGACGCGGCCAUCGGCGCGCCAGGGACGACCGUGAAGAAGGUGCCGGAGGUGGCGCCGUUCAAGCUGUGCUACGACGGGUGGUCGCUGAGGCCGCUGAAGCGGAUGGGGUGGGACGUGCCGAUCAUCCGGCUGGAGCUGGCCGCGGGGGCCUCGAGCAACUGGACGAUGUACAGCGGCAACUCCCUUGUGCAGGUGGGCGACCGCACGAUGUGCCUCGCGUUCCUGGAGAUGGCGGCCGGCGGCGGCUCGGACGACGGGCCGGCGGUGGUGAUCGGCACGCACCAGCUGGAGGACAACCUGCUGGUGUUCGACGCGGACAAUGAGGAGCUCAGGUUCAGCGGCAUUCUUAGGGGAUCCGGCGCCACCUGCAGUAGCUUCAACUUCACCGCAUAA